UGGGAGUAAAAACCGACGACACCCGAAGUCCAAUUUCUUGUUGGGAUGACAAUACUAAAAUAUGCUUCUACAGUAGUACAGACAACUUCAUAGAAUAUCAACUUGUUUUUUACAUAAAUUAAAUAUUAUAUAUGUAUAUGAAUUAUAUAAAUAUUUCUAGCAAAAAUGCAGUCAGCAAAAGAAGUUGAAGUAUUAUUUGAAUCUAAGUUUGUUUGUUUGACACCUGAAAAUAUGCCAAGCAUUAGUUCUGAAAUGUUUUUGCAAUAUGUGGUAGAAAAUAAGUAUGGUUAUGACACAAUAUUGCAACUAGAAAAAAAAUUUUCUUCUAAAGUAAAAUUAAUGGCUAAUUACGACGAAGAGGUUAAUUUCGUCGAAAUUAAACGUAAUGGGAAUAUAUGUAUUGUAGAGGCUACAAUUCAUCCAAAAUGUAAUGAAUAUUGUUUAGCAACUGUCAAAAUUAAUGAAAAAACUAAUAUAAUUAUAGCAGCGGAAGGCAAUUGUCAUGAAAAUAGUACUAAUCGAAAAACUGGAGCAGGUCAAUGUAUCCAUGUAGCCAUUUUGAUAAAAUGGCUUAAUUUUCAGACGGAAAUUCGACUUUCUCGCAAAUUAUCAACUAAAAAUAUUGGAAGAGUUAUAAAUCCGUUUUUCAAAAUUAAUAAACCAUCAAAAUGUUCAUCAAAAAAAUUAGAUUCUGAAAACAGUGUUUUCAAUGAGGAUAAAAUGAAUGAUAAAAAAUUAUUUAAAGAAUCAAUCAUUGGUUCGAUAUAUUUUAUGAAAGAUCUUUAUGAUGGUGAUAAAAAAAAUGCUGUGGAAUUUCUGGAGUAUGCGUCUGAAAAAUUAACUGAUGAAAUUUGUUAUAAAAUUCAAGAAUAUACACGAUAUGGUCAAAUUUAUCGAUGCUGGAAUAAACUACGCUAUGGAAGAUUUCUCGCAUCUGAUAUUUAUUAUUCAUCUCUAUCAUUAAUGGUUGACAACCACAAAGAUUUGUACAAAAGAGUUCUAUUUCAUCGAGAUAAUAUGAACGAAAAUUUAUUAAUGCGAGAAAAAACAUUGAAAGAUAAAAUUUUAGCAACAAUUGAGAGUCGUAUUAAUAGAAGAAUUGAAAAAUGUGGCAUAGUUUUGAAUGGUUCAUAUCCAGUUUUUAUUGCAUCUCCAGAUGGUAUCGGUGAUGACUUUGUGGUUGAAGUUAAAUGUCCGACCAAUGCUACAAAUAUUAUAAAUUAUUGUAGAGGUCGAAAAAUUUUAGAACCUUAUAAAACUGAAAUCCAUUUACAGAUGUUAUUAUCCGGUAAAUCUUAUGGAUAUUAUUGCAUCGCACAUCCCCACUACGAGAGUAACGACUUAAUUAUUAUUAUUAGAGAAGAGUUUGAUGAAAACUUUAUCAUGUCUACGAUUGAAAAAUCAAUAGUUUUUUGGAAAUAUAUUAUUUUUCCAAAAAUAAUUAAUGAUGUACAUGAUUACACAUAAAUUAUCAUAAGAAAUUUUGUUAUUGUUAAUGAAGAGCGUUCGCUGGUUUUGUAAAUUUUGUGUUGAUUGAUUCUUAUUGAUAAAAAACGCCAAAAAGUUUAUAAAUGAUUUUUUUUUUUUAUUUAACAUAUAUUAGUAUGUUUCAAAUUAUUACAAAAAUUGAAAUUAAUUCAGGUAUUAUAUAUUCAAUGAUAAAAAAAAAAAAUACUUAUACAUUAUCUACACAAAAAAAAAGAAAUUCUUGGCGCAAAAAAAAUUGUAUUUGCCCCAAGAAAAUUUUCACUUGUCCCAAGAAAUCGAUUGCAUUAUGAAUUGAGAACAAGAAUUUUCUUGGGGCGAACAAAAAUUUCUUGCACAAAGAAAUUUUUUCUAGUCCUAAGGCAAUUAUUGGUUUGAAUUCAUAAUGCAGAAUAUUUCUUGCGCCAAAAAAUUAUUUUUUUCUGUAUCUUUUUGUUAUUAAAUGUUUAAGAAUGAUUUGUGAGAAGUAAUAUUAUUUGCUACCUACUGUAAUUUAUAUUUAUUGUUAAAGGUAAAAAAAUAAAUAAACGAAUUUACUA